ACUUCAGUUUAUGUACUCAAACAGCUGACUGCAUCUGAACCAACCAAAAAUAAUUAACAUACCAAGAAUCCAUUACCUUUAAUUGUCUUCAUUUUAUAAAAAAAUUAAACAAUUGAGUUUAGUUGUGUCAACACAGUCAACAAUAAUUAUUGAUUAAUUACAUUUUGGUUUUUUGUUGUGAUAUAUGUUUUUAAGAACAACAAAACUUGUUCAGCAAUUUACAGCUGCAUUAUCAACUGCAAAAAAUAUGUCAAGCAACAUGUCAACAAAACUACACAGUUCCAGAACAAAAAUUCAAGGUCAAGGAAUGAAUGUUGAAAUACUACCAGCUCUUGGUGAUAAUUUUAUGUAUCUAAUUGUUGAUAACAAGACAAAAGAAGCUGCAAUUGUUGAUCCAGUUGAUCCUGAACUUGUUGCAUCAGCUGUUAAUGAGAGUGGAGUAAAUCUUACCAAGGUUUUAACGACUCAUCAUCAUUGGGAUCAUGCAGGUGGAAAUAAAAUUAUAUCAGAAAUGUUUAAAAAUAUUGAAAUUAUCGGUGGUGACUCAAGAAUUGAAGCUGGUAAUCAUAUUGUACAACAAGGUGAUACAUUUGAUAUUGGAAAUCUUAAGGUUGAGUGUCUAGCAACUCCUUGUCACACCACUGGACACAUUUGUUACAAUGUUACCAGUGAUCAAGAUGAUGCACCAGCUGUUUUUACUGGUGAUACAUUAUUCAUUGGAGGAUGUGGAAGAUUUUUUGAAGGAACAGCUCAACAAAUGUACACUGCUCUUGUUGAAAAACUUGGAUCAUUACCCGACAAAACUAAAGUCUACUGUGGACAUGAGUAUACCUGUAAAAAUUUACAAUUUGGCUUGGCUGUCGAGCCCAACAAUGAAAAUAUAAUGAAUAAAUUUACAUGGGCAAUGUCUGAACGUGAAAAAAAAUUACCAACAGUACCAAGUACAAUUGGUGAUGAAAAAAUGAUAAAUCCAUUUAUGAGAGUUCAUGAAAAAUCAGUACAAUCACACACUCAUACAUCUGAUCCAAUUGAAACAAUGGCAUCAUUACGUAAAGAAAAAGAUAAUUUUUAAUAUAAAUAUCUAAUUAAUCCAGCUGCAUUAUAUAUAUUAUAAAUUUUAUAAUACAAAUAUAAAAAUUAUUAUUAAAAUAUAUAAAUAAUAA